AUGGUACGGCAACUAUUAAAGAAGUGUUUUAUAUUGAUAAAGAUAAAAAGAAAAAAUUGGUACCCAAAAGACUUAGUGAAGAUUAUAGAGAAGGUUAGGCUUAACAAAGAUGAAGAUGGUGUCUCUCAUAUGAUUAAUCAAAACCAGUGUCAACAGCACAUCAGUAAUCAUUAUAAAGCAGAUAAUCAUUCUGCUAUUAUAAAAGCUUAUUACAAUACUGAGCCUACUUCUAGAAUAGAGGCCACCAAACUCUCAAGUAAAAAUAAAUUGCAAAGGGAUAUCGAAAUAACCAAAAGAAAAUCAACAGAUGACCUAGUUGAAAAAGCAAUCGAGCACUCUACCACCGAAGUUAGAUCAACACAUGAAGCUGCAACAACUUCCAAUAAUGGUGGAAUCACAACUCAAUCAAACAAAAACAAAACGGGUAAAAAAAGAGCUAAUCAAUUACAAUCUGAUGCUGAUUUUUUCACCAAAAGAUUUUCAAACGAAACUUCAUCUGUUAGUAACAAAAGAGUAAGUAGAAGAGUAGAUAAUUAA